AUGACCGACUCCCGCCAAUCCGACGGCGGUUGCCUUUCCGCCAUAUGCUCUUGCUUCAAGAGACGAGAGAAACCGCGCCAUGACGUUUCCGGGUCUCCUUCGACCGGUGUUGAUGUCCUACCAGCGUCAAAAUCGGCUGACGAUGGAAAGUCUGAGCCUACAGACCCCAAGGUCGUACGCCGUGAUCCAGUACUAAGCGUCUCACGCGCGACAUCAUCUACUGGUAAUGCGGAUGGCCCUUCACUCCUUCCUGCUUCCAACGUUCCAGGACCAUCUGCAUUGAACGGCUCUACUUCAACCGUUAAUUUAUGGCAGGAAGCAUGCAAGAAGGUGAACGUGAAAACUCAGAUAUGGAUCGCCAGUCUUCCUCCACCGAGCAAUGUCCAGAAUCCUGCAAGUGAGUUGGCGGAGUUCGUUCGAGCUAGCGAAGAGAAACACAAGCAAGAGUCGUUGAAGCUCAAAUCCGGCGACCGAGAGAUUCUGUGGAGGGAUUAUGCGAAUAAAGUUAUCCCUGUGGUGACUGCGAUUGGAAAUAUUGCCAUCAACUUUGCCCCUGCGCCCUCUAACGCCGUGUGGUCAGCUAUCAAGGUGCUUCUGGCGGCCCACGUAUCUGAGCGUGAGGAUCUUGUGGCUAUUAUGGGAUGCACCGACAUAGUCCUCUGCCUCGUGAGGCGCGGUAGAGUGUACGAGAAGGUCUACAUUGGGAACUCCAUGUCGCCUAGGCCGCCUUAUCAGGAAGAUUUGAUGACGAAGUUGGUUGAAGUAUACGCGAAAUGCUUGGAGUUUCUUGCUUUUGUCUACGAAGAAAUGGAGCAUGGUCAUUUGCGUCGAUUCUUCGACGCGCUCGUUGACCCCGGUUAUGGCGAAAACCGGCUAUCAGCAGUGAGAGCACUUGAGCAGGAACUUGAGCUUGCAACUCGCCCUUGCAAGGCUACAGCAGAUGAUGAGCAUCGAAGAUUGCUUGAAAAUCUUGAAGAACCGAUCAAGCGUACCGACAAGAAUGUCAUGGAUAUUCUUAAGGUGCUUGAUAAGCAUGAAAGAGACAAGGCUAUGGAAUACGUCAGUGUAAUUCCAGUCGGAUCUCAUCAUAACGAAAAGGUCGAAAAAAGAACCAAGGGCACAUGCGAAUGGUUGGUCAGCCAUUCUAAAUUCCUUGAAUGGGAAGACUCUGAUUGCACUCCGGUGUUUUGGUUGCGAGGCGAUAUCGGUACGGGAAAAUCGUUCCUAUCUUCGAAAGUAGUUGAUCAUUGUCGGAUUCACGACAAACUCCAAUUUCACAGUGGGCACAGCCUGGGUCUCGCCUUUUUCUACUGCAAUAGCUCUGAUCAGAGUCGGCAAAGCAUUCAAUCCAUUCUACGAAGCUACAUCCGACAACUAGGCGAGGUGAACGGUCAUCCUGAGAGCAUUCAUGAGACAUUAUUCAACCUAUACCAGAGAAAACAAAUUCAGAGCGAUAUCACGCUCCAAGAAUGCGAGACAGCGUUGGUAGAGAUGAUAAACAGUUACCCUCGAACUGUUCUGAUACUCGACGCCUUGGAUGAGUGCAAGAAAGACACGAGACGGCAGAUUGUUCAGCUCUUCAAGCGUUUAGUGGAGAAAACCAAUAGUUGUUUGAAGAUAUUCAUCGCCAGCCGUCCAGAGCACGAUAUCAGUGACCAUCUGAGAUCAUUCCAAGAGCUGAGGGCGACGAUCAUAAUCAACACUUCUGAUAAUCAGGGCGACAUCGAGAAGUUUGUCCAUACAGAGGUGGACAACUUCACUGUGGACUGGAGCCCUGAAACCAAGCAGGUUGUUAAAGAGAAGCUUGUGAAGAAGAGCAAGGGAAUGUUCAGAUGGACUUACCUGCAAUGGGAACAGCUCAAGGAGUUCGAGACCAAUACCACUGUCAAAGCCAGGCUUGGAGACCUUCCCAAAACUCUGACCAAAGCCUACGAUGAGAUUUGCGAUAAACACGAACCUGAGAGCUUUGAGCGUUUCAUGCUGCAGCGAGCGGUGAGAUGGGUUAUGUGCGCCCGCCGGCCGUUCGACAGUCGCACAUUGCUGUCAGCCAUUCAAGUGGAAAGCGAACAGAUGCAUGGAGACGGCAUGAAAGCUCACGACAAGUCAGAUCUCACCGAGAAAAUGUUGGAGACUGUCUGUCAACAUUUGAUUGUGAGGGACCCCAAGCUCGAGGUCUGGAGGUUUUCCCAUGCAUCGGUCAGAGAAUACUUUGAAGAUAAGAAGAAAGAGCGGUGGGUCAAAGACGCACCAGCGGAGGUAGCAAUUGUCUUGAUCAACUGCUUGAGGGAUUGCUGCGCAGCUUACUCCUCUAUCUGGCCACCCUCAGAUGUUGACGACGACGACGACGACUCACGGACCCUCCAGGAAGGCUGUGGCACGCAUUCAGAUAGUUGGUACGAGGCAGGAGGAGCGGACCUUGACCAACCUUUAGAUCCUCGUCAUCCGCUUCAAGCGUACAUUCGACUGAACUGGCUCACACACACCCACGAUCUUCCAGAACAAGAUGACAGAGCUGAAGACGUAGCCCUUGCUUUGAAACAAUUCCUGGGCGAAGAACGACCUCCGUGUUCAUCGAAGGAGUAUCAGGUAUUUUGCAGCCGCGCCAUCGAACCUGCUCAAUGGCUUUUUUACACACCUAUGUCGAAACAGGUCAGGCCAGUUACCAACUUCGCCUUUGGCAUUGUGGCAAUGGGACUUCAUCGGUUCCUGCCUGAGUGGUGGAACGAAGGCCUCGACCUUCCCUCGUUGGUAAAUGAGGAAGGUCUGGGCCUGCUGCAAAUUGCCACCCAUUUUGGCCACUACGACCUCUGUCAAUUUCUAAUCAGUCGGGGUUGUGACGUCAACGCAUCUUUUGACGCCCUUGAUUACGGCCCUCCGUUGUGGAUAUCAGUAAACCGACGAGAGAUCGAUGUCAUGGAGCUGCUCCUCAAGAACGGUGCAAACAUGGACUGCGUCCUCAAAGACCAAACUCUGGCUUGUCUGGCAGCGGAGAAUGGAUCUGGGUGCUGCACUAUUCUACUGGAGAAUGGUCUGGAUCCCAACAUGAAGUGUAAUACCGAUGAUACCGGUGGAUCGGGGGGGUGCCGUUUCGGUUGUGCCCUGUCGAGGGCUGCUUUUAAUGGCGAUCUCAACACCAUUAAAGCCCUGCUUGACAAGGGAGCAGAAGUCAACCCGGAGAACCUCAAAGACAGCUAUGGAAGUCCCCUGACUUCUGCCAUAUUCCAUGGCCGUCUCGAAAGUGCUCGCUUUCUUCUAGAAAACGGUGCAAAUGUCAACGACCAGUUCAGAUACGGGAACUUUGGCUGUCCUCUGAUUGCUGCUAUACGCGUUGGAGAGCCCGAAUGUGUUCGCCUUCUCCUAGAGCGCGAAGCCGAUGUCAACGCCAUGCCGGAAGGUGGCGAAUAUGGAAGUCCCCUGGCAGCUGCUGUAUCGAUGGCAGACGUGGAUUUUGCUCGGUCACUGAUUCAACAUGGCGCUGACGCCAAGGCAGAGCUGAGGUUUGGAAAAUAUGGUAGUCCAUUGGCAGCUGCUGUAUGGAGGGGAGACGUGAAUUGUGCUCGGUUACUGAUUGAACAUGGCGCUGAAGUCAAUGCAUAUUUGGAGUUCGGAGAAUAUGGCAGUAUUCUGUCUGCUGCAAUAUUCGGGUGGUCCUCGUCUGAGUCGUCUCUUGUUAUGAUCAAGUUUCUUGUUGAAGAAGCAAAGGCAGAUUUAGCUCAGCUUGCCUUUGUACGGCCCAGGAGAAAGGAGGAUAUAAUCUGGGAAACAAGGAGAGAGCGAUACGGAAGUAUCGACGGAGCAAUGAGGCAAAGAACCAGAUAUCGAAAACGGCGACGCGAGAUGGAUAUGACAGCGUAUCUUGUACAGGAGCUCCAGAUCGAGAGGCAAGUGUUGAUCAGCCUCGGUAUUCCCCGAAGGGACUUGCCACCCGAUAUAGAUGCUACGGCCGACAUCGAGUAUGAAGAAACGGAUAUGUUUGAUUGGCUUUUCGAGAGUGACUGGAAGAGUGGGAGCAGAUCGUUUGGGUUCUGGUUGCGAUGA